GCAAUAAAUUUUGCAACAUUUUUGUGAUUUAUUGAGAGUUGUUUCUUAUUUUAUUACAGAUAAAUUCGUUCAAACAUGGCUUCACGAGGCUGCAAGUAUCCUGCAGAUGCAUUUUGUUAUGUCUGCGGAUAUUUUAUCAAAACAAGAGCGAAUAAGUACUCUUUGGAAACAGGUUUUAAAAUGUGCGAAGCUUACAAUGCUUAUUUCGGCAUGCCUGUGGGUGAUCAAGACAAAUCCUGGGCACCUCAUUUCGCGUGUGAAAACUGCAAAAGGACUUUGGAAGGUAAGACAUUUUAAAACUAUAUUGCUUUGUUAUGGGUAAAAUAAAUGUUUCUAUUAACUUUUUUAUUAGACAGUACUUUUCUUUUCUAAUUCUAAUAAAGGAAUUCCCCAAGAAGCUCACUCGUGUUGAGAAAGCUGCUUGGAUGAGUUUUAUGUCAGUGGUACAGGGAUUCCUAGGCAAUCACAAAGCCGCAAACUACGUGGAGCUGGUCGAAAGUCUGGUGGAGAACUACGGCAAAAUGGGCUGCAGGAUGUCUCUCAAACUCCAUAUUCUGGAUGCACAUCUUGACAAAUUCAAGGAGAACAUGGGAGCAUAUUCAGAGGAGCAAGGCGAGCGCUUCCAUCAGGAUAUAAUGGAAUUUGAGCGGCGAUACCAAGGACAAUACAAUGAGAACAUGAUGGGAGAUUACAUUUGGGGAUUGAAGUUUCCGAGGAAUAUUAGGUGGUUUCCAUACUUUUAAGGCAUAACAGACUAGGAAAUAACAAUUACAUCCCAAGGACUGAGAAAUUUUUUUUUUUUGUUACUUAGUGUUAUU